UUUCACCUCCUGGUGUUUUGAACAGGUGGUUCAGCGACUGCUGAGGACCGGGGCUGAUAUGACCCUGUGUAACAGCAGCCAGCAGACGGCGCUCCAUGUGAGCCCUCCUGAGCUCCAGGGAAAGGUGUUGGGGUGGAUGUCGAGGCCUCAUCUGCCUCCCCAGGCACAGCUGUUGCAGGCUGCCUGGCAGGGAGACCUGUACUCCUUACAGAACCUGCUGGCUCAGACAGACGGGCUGGAUGUGAAUGUUCCUAACAGUGACGGUGUGACAGCUGUGAUGCUUGCUGUUAGGGACAUUGACCUGUUUGAGGGCAUAGAUGCACCGUUACCAUGGGAACACAGACCUGUGGAAGUGGUCAAGGAACUUCUGGGACUCUCGGCUGAUCUGCGGGUACGAGACCACAGUGGCUGCUCUGCUCCCCACCAUGCCGCUAACAUCAACAGCCCUUUGAAGGAGGAAAUCAUUCAUAUGAUGGUUGAGGCUCUGAGUCACACAGACGCUGCCUCCAUGACCCUCCUAGCCCUUGACAAAUACUCAUGUGAGGAUUUGGACUCAGAGUUUGGAGAUUCGGACGUAGAGUUGGACCUUGAGAGCCUCUAUCCUAAUCAGUCGACAGCUGCCUCCCCCACACACCAACCAACCCAACAACACAGCUUUCUGCUCUACAGCCACACUGGGGAAGUGCUGGACUCUCCAGGAUACCCUCUUCCAUCUGACCAUCAUAAAGAGCUCAGCCAAGAUAAGGGGAUCCCCCUGUGUUUCCAAAACGCCAUGGAAACACUGAGAGACAUCAGGCAAGCCUACCAGGAUACAGGGAGGGGAAGCAGAGGAGGUUUGUCUCUGCCGAGCCUCAAUGAUAACAGCAGGCGCUGGAGCCACCUUGAUCUCCAUCCGUCUCCAUUAUCUGGUUUGUUGAGUACCAGGACCCCCUGCCUGCCGGUACCCCCGAGUCACAGGCAGAGAACAAGAAGUGUGGUUGCUGCGUCCCCAUCCUCCCCCGGCCUGCUGUCUGUGGUCGAGUCCAGCCAGCUCAGCCAGUCAGCCCCCAGCAUUAUGGAACCACUGUUGUGUUCAAACACUAUGAUCCAGGCCCGAGCACACGUCCAGUCCCUGUACUACUGUGGUAUGAAUUUUGAACAGUGGAGCCAAAGUAUUUUAGUUUGCUGUUGGUACAUGUUGUUUUAUAUGUGUAAUCUCUUGCUGUCUGCAGGACUGGGUUCUCAAGAUAUUGUAAAUGAACAAAAGCUCUCACAUGGUCUUUUGCCAGCUAUGCAUCCCAGAACACCCAAGUUGUUGGCGCCACUAGACAGAAGGCCCAGAAAUACUGUGGCUCCAUCAGUACUAAAACACCAUGUUCCCCUGAAGCCCAUCAGCCGGAGCCCCCUUUGCUCCAGGACCCGGCUGAGGAGAGAGAGACUUUCCUGGGGGAGCCCACGCACAGGCCCGCUGACCACUAAAUGUGGCAGUGAGGAGAGCGGGUCCAGCAGCAGCCAGAGUUCCAUCGAUCUGGAGGAUGAGGAGGAAGAAGAUGAGAGGCAUAUACACACGAGAGCUUCAGGAGAAAGCCAUCUGAAGUUUAUUGGAGACAGGUUGUUGCAGCAUCCGGAUGAUGUGAACUCCACUGAGACUAAUUUGGUUGGGGAGACAAGACGGCAUUUUAAUGUUCUGUCAAGAAUCGGUCAUAUUCCACCGAUUCACGGGUCAGCACAUAACCUGGACGCAGAACGUAUCAAUCAUGUAACUGAUCUUCAUGGCAAUGAAAAAAAAGAUGCUGUGAAUCCUACUAAAGACACAGUGAACAAUCAAAUACCUAUCACAUCAAAGUCCAAGGAGGAAAAGAACAAUGUGGGCAACAUCACACCAGAGCCUGAGACAUGCCAUGGAGCAACAUUUAAUAUGAAUAAUGACUGGGGUGAUGCUAUUACAUGCUUUGAAGGGAACUACAAAAAUGAUGUGGAGCAUAUAAAACAGAAGGGUUCAUGUUAUGAAGAAACCAGGGUAGAUAACCCAAUCCUUCAUUGGGAGGAUGCAAAUUUAAAUACUAGGGCUGCUGAGGAGUUAUUUCUUUCUGAUAUAAACCUUCCACAGUCAAACCUGGAUCCCAAGAGAGGUGUGUUGGAAGCCUUAAAGCCUGUCCGGAACAAGGAGAUAAGAACCGGUAUAAACUGCGAACUAAGAGAAAAUAUCCAAAAGAACCAUCAGUCCUCAAACAUUCUUGCAAACAAAGACAGGAGCAUCCUGAAUCGGAACAAGUCCAAAAGCAACCUGAAGUACUCCUCUGUUUCCACUCAAGUUAAAGAUAAAACCAGGACUAGCCCUGAGCUAAUCAUUAGUGGAGAAACAAUCACAAAAUCAAAAGCAAAGCUUAAAUCUGUUAAAGGUGCUCAUUGCAACACUGGAAUCCCAUCACCAAGAAAGAAGGUGAUUGAUCACACACAGAGCAAAAGAGCAAACUCUGACAAGAUGUGCAGCAGCAGAGCUCAACAGCACCCACCAGUGAGGGAGAUGAAGAGCAUCCGUCAGUUGAAGAGACCCGGUCUAUCGGUUACACCGAGGUCUAGAUCUGCUGUGGACUUCAUCACCUAUAAAGACAUGUUUCAGCAGAUACAGAGUGGGGAUGAAGGACCGGUCAUCUAUGAAAUGUUUGCUGGUCCCAUCUACGACAACCUCCGGGUUUCCAGCUCCUGUGACAAAGUUAAGGACAGACAAGUACAAUCUGCUAAAAUCUGCAGACCACUGAAACAAGCACAGAGUAAGCUGAAGAGAAGUCCAGGGGAGAGAAUUGUCAUUUCAACUAAAAGCAAACCAAAACCUGCAUCCUCUAGGGUGAAACCUCACAUCACACCUGUAUCAAGGAGAGGCCCACACAAAAUAAAGGAUGUGCCUAAAUUGGAUAGGCACACAGAGGCUGACUUAGUUCUCUCUAAGGAUGUUGACGUUUGUCAUAAAGAAGAGGCUGAAGAUCAUGUGCUAUCCACCAUACAGGAAGCUCUUUCUAGACAUGAGUCUGAAACAUUAAAAUCAGAUGACAAAACACUGACUAUGCCAGCAACUUCUGGUCAUGUUGAAGAUUAUAGCCACGUGAAUAUGCAAGACAAAAACGGGAAUUCAUCAGCAGAAAACCCAAAACAACCACUUCCUGGGUCCACAUUAUCUCAAAGCCCCCAACAGCAGAAUGUCAACACUUGGACAUCUUCUGGCAGUAGCAGCCACACCAUUAUGUCACCAGUGUACCAGAAGUUUCUGAAUGAGGUGGGGGAUGGGCCACUCACAGAUGACCUGCUGCAAUGUCUGGCCGAGGAGCUGAUCUCAUUGGACGAGAGGGAUGUAUCCAUGGGACCGUGUCCUGAAAACCAGGAAACAAGCAAAGAGGAAUCCAACAGAAAAGAUGACCAUGUAUCAGGAAGAAAUACAUCUCCUGAGGUUAACUUAAUAAACAGUGCUGCUCUGCUUGGCUCUGAGUUGGUUGUAGAUGACACCAUCACAUGGACAAAGGGUGAAGUGCUCGGCAGGGGCGCCUAUGGGACAGUGUACUGUGGCCUGACCAGCCAGGGCCAACUGAUAGCUGUGAAGCAAGUGAGCCUGGAUGCCUCUGACCCUGAUGCUGCAAAGAGGGAAUACAGUCGUCUGCAGGGGGAAGUGGAGCUGCUUAAAACCCUUAGACACAGCAACAUUGUGGGCUUCCUGGGGACCUCACUUUAUCAGCAUGUGGUUUCCAUCUUCAUGGAAUACGUCCCUGGGGGAUCUAUCGCUAGCAUCCUUCACAGGUUUGGUCCUCUGCCAGAGCGUGUCCUGGCUCUAUACACCCAUCAGAUCCUGGAAGGGGUGGACUACCUUCACCUGAACAGGGUGAUUCAUCGUGACUUGAAGGGAAAUAACAUUAUGCUGAUGCCGACUGGCAUCAUCAAGCUCAUAGACUUUGGAUGUGCACGCCGUCUCAGCUGCCUCAACCACACUUCCAGCAACAGCGGAGAUCUGCUCAAGUCUGUCCAUGGUACACCUUACUGGAUGGCACCAGAGGUUAUCAAUGAGACGGGAUAUGGCAGGAAGUCUGAUAUAUGGAGUGUGGGUUGCACAGUUUUUGAGAUGGCCACAGGGAAACCACCACUGGCACACAUGGACAAGAUGGCUGCUUUGUUCUACAUUGGGGCUCAAAGAGGGUUGAUGCCCUCUUUACCAGACGGAUUUUCAGAUAAUGCCAAGGACUUUGUCAAAAUCUGCUUGACAAGUGACCAGAAACUACGGCCAUCUGCAGACCAGCUGCUGAAGCACUCAUUCAUCCCCCAAAAUGAGACUGGAGUCAACUCUAUGGAAACGCAGAGAAAGAACUGCUGUGGUCACCCAGAGGGACUGUGUGGUUAACAAGGAGUUAUACGACAGAUUUUUUUUUACUUCUAUGAUUUAAUGCAGAUUGGUGACUCAGAACAUUAAGUAUUCUUUUGUCACUCUUUGAUAGCCCGCCACCUACCCUCUGUGAUUCACCAAGAGUGUGUUUGGGAGCAUGGGGCACUGGGCUUUUGACCCAAACCCUUCUGGAAACUACAAUACAAAGUAUAUUGAGAAGAAACUGUAGUUGUUGCAUUGUUAAACUGCAGUUUAAAAAUAAGUACACAGGAAGCACUUUCAUGCAUUUCACUUGGUAUGUAAAUAAAACCUAUAAAAUGUGAAUGUGCAGAGAUAGAUGCCAGAUUUUUUUGUAAC